AUGCCUUCAAAUUCCACAUUUCUUAGAAGCAGUUAUAAAGAUGUUUUAGAGUCCUUCUGCCGAUGGACUAGUGUACGUGGAUUACAGCAUCUUGUACGUGCAGAGCAUCCAGUUCUACGUACAAUCUGGGCGGUAUUUGUUGCUCUAAUGUGUUUCGCUAACAUUGGCUUGGUCACCAUGUUGCUAAUACAUUAUUAUCAGUUUAAUACAAUUGAAAAUAUACGCACCCUUAGAGGAAUUCAAGUGGAAUUUCCCCAUAUUACUUUGUGUAAUGUUGAUCCAGUCAAUUCAUAUCGUGUAUUCUGUCUACAGAAUCCUAAAUCAAAAGGUUGUAAUAUCAAAUCUAAAUAUUCUAAUAUUUUAAAGAAAUAUCAAGAAGCCAACGGAUAUUUCAAGGCAUACAAAGAUUCGGCUAUCUGGCAUAAACUAGAAGAUCCAAGUAUGGUUGCAAUAUUUUACCAAUUGAUCGGUAUGGAGGCAGCAACACAAAUCGGUCACCAAAUUGAUGAUUUUAUUCUUCCCAUGUUUUGUGAAGUGACAACAAGAGAGAAAGGUGGAAUAAUGGUGAAAAGGAAAUGUGAAGAAGCAGGCGUUCAUGGCUUACAUUUAAUCACAUAUAAAUACUUUAACUGUUAUACACUAUCAAUGGAUGAUAAGCAUAUUAGUCAUAAUGCUGUUCGAUUAUCCAUAAUUCUAUAUCUAGAUGAAGAGGAAGAUUUAAACUGUCGACCAUAUUGUACACAUGAAUUCACUGAAUGGGCUGGUGGUAAAAUCAUCGUCCAUUCAGCUGGUUCAUAUCCAGAUAUUGAAGCAUCUGGUAUGAAUCUACUUCCUGGUGCAUCAAAUCAAAUCCUUAUUGAUGACAUGAGUCGUAUUGAGAAAAAAAAUAUGGAAUCGAAACCUUGUGAGAAUAAUGCAAGAAAUCUUUCCAUAGUUUAUUUUGACCAUGCUGAACACAAAUUUAGUCAACGAAUUAUGAGUUACACGGAUACAUUAUGUAUACAACUGUUAUCACAAAGAGCUACAAUGGAAGAAUGUCACUGUAUUGAUUUUCUAAUGCCUAUACCAGGUACACAUAUGAAUCUAGUUAAUCAGCUACCAUUUUGUGGCAAUCUAUCGCGUAUCAACGUGAAUGAGAGUCUUGCGUGCAGUCAACAGGUUAGACAAAGAAAUUCAAAACACUUUCACCACUUAUGUCCCAUUCCAUGUGUUCAAAUGCAAUACAACUAUGAGUUAACACAAUUAAGAUGGCCACAGAAACCACGUAUUUUAAAUUAUUAUGCUCAGUUAAAAGAUCGUAUUGACUAUAACCAAAAGUUUUCAAUUUACGAAAAAAUUGAAGAAAUCUCCGUAACUAAUGCAACACAGGCGUUAACUAUGCUUCAGCAUACAGAUAUAUUUGAAAAGAAUUUCUUACAAGUCGACGUUAAUCGUCCGAAUUUCGAUACACUAAUUUCCUAUCGAGAGAAUGAAGAAUACAGUUUACCAACUUUAUUAAGUCAAAUUGGUGGUAUUUGUAGUAUAUUUCUUAGUUUCACUUGUGUUACAGUAUUAGAAUUAAUUGAGUUAUUCUUUCGUUUAAUUAUUAUUGCAUGUCCUAAAUUUUUAGCCUUUUCAAAAAAUUCACUACAUUACAUUAACAAGAAAACAUUUAAAUUCGGAUAUAAUGCUACUACUGAAAAUACAAAUAACAGUAGUAGAAUCACUGAUAGACACAACAGAAAGAUAUCAAAUUCUGUAAAUAUAAAACAUGAAAAGGACAAAUUUUGUAAUGAUAUUUCUUGUUAUGAAAUUAAGAAUACCUCAAAUUAUGACUGUGAAAUAGACUAUUUAAGAGAAAAUCUAUUAUCUACCAACAUUAAUGACGUUGGUAACAAACGUAAAUCUAUGCUACAUUCAGAAGUGGAUUUACCGAAUUAUAAGAUUAACAAAUGUAUGCCUAACAGUUUUAUACAAAUACAUAAACCGGAUGAUAAGUGUAUUCUGUAUAUACCAAAGAUAAAUUUAAUUAAUUCAAAGAAUGUAAAUACUAUUCAUAUGAUCAAUGAGAAUAAUCAUGCACCUAAUGACUCUUCUAUCAAUAAAUCACACGACAGACAUUUAUACACAGAAAAUGACACAAUCUUAUAUAAUUUUGUAAAUAAAAACAAUGAAUCUCAGAACGACAUUUUGUCGAAUAAUUGUAUUGUUCAUAAAUUGAAUAAGUGUAGAAAUUCACUGAAACAAAUUCCUAGAUCAGUUUCCCUUCCAGAUUAUGUUAAUCUUGUAGAUAUUAUGAGCGAUAACAGUCAUAAUAAUAUUAGUUCUCAUAAUGAUGUAUUUAUUUCUCGAUGACGUCAAACCAUUUCAUAAUCAUACAUUUAUACAUUUGUAUAUUCAUGCAUAUAUCUCACAUAAAUAAAAACAAUUCUCCUCUUUAUGAGAGUAUAAUUCAUGAUAUUAUGAAUAAGUCAUUAGGAGUAUUCAGUAUGCCGCAUCAUAAAUGAUUCUCAAUGGUGACUAUUGACAUAUCUCAAAACUAAUUACGACAAUCCAGUUACAGAGUUUCAAGUAUCAUCAAACAAGAAUCUCAGGUGAUUUUUCUCUAAUGCAGGAUUGCAGGCACCCUGGAAAUGUCAGUGUGCGCUUAUGCCGAUAAUAAAAUCAUCAUAUGAGACUGUUUGAUACAUGUACAUACAUAAAUAUAUGUAUACAUACGUAGGUGGACUAAAGUCAUACUAAAUAAUUUAUUUAGUUUGCUUUCCUAUUUCAUGUUUGUUCUUAUGCAUCCAUUUUUAUUGUUGAGAAUAGAAGCUAUUGAGUCUGUAAAAUAUAGAAAAAAAAUACUCAGUCAAUUGUCUUUAUUUCUCUACUUCAUGAGGACUAUACGUCGCUUUUUGUACAGAAGAUUAGACUUACAAUGGAACAUUACGUUUUUUCCUCUAAUCACAGCAAUCUCAGUAAGCAGAAGUUUUGAAAGAAUAAAAUACGCACCCUAGAUCAUUGUGCUGGCUAAUGUCGAAUCAAUAAUAUAGUGAUAAAGUUCACGGCAUUAUCGAAACAUUUCUUUAUGCAAACCAUAUGUCAAAAU